CCGAACGGAAACAAUCCAAGGCAGACUGACGAGUUCAUUCUGGUAUGCGUGAAUUCAAAGAAGAUCCUAAUCAGAUCUGUCCUCCUCCCCCUUCUGUUUGCCGAAGCAGCACCAGGCAGGAUUCCCCAAGCCGCUUCAUCACUCCUCACGAUUCGCUGUCCAGGACAUCCUCCCGCCUCACCCCGGAAUCCGCGUUCAACCCUUCUCUGGCUGGGCUGGUCGUGGCCAGCCACUCCGAGACUCCCCACGGGGCAGACAGCAUCCUCUUCGGUCUCACACCCAUCCCGGGCUGCGGCGUGGGGAGUGGGUAAACAAGCCACCAACUCGUGGAAAACUUCCCCGCCAGAGAUGACUGGGGUUUUCGGGCUUCCCCAGCCCUCCCGCGCGGGGCCACAUGGCAUUCCUUAAAGUGGCGCCGCAACUAUUGCGGGUUCUGAGCUGCAGAGACCCGGGCGACGAGCAGCAACGCUUCCCUGGCAAGGAACAGAGCCUUUUAGCACCGAAUACGCCCAGGACGCGGCCGCCGCCAGCCCGGGGUGGCUGGCGGGGCACGGCGAGCGCAGGCAGACUUUGCGCCACGAUGCUUUGUUUUCCUGCCGCAGGAGCCGGAGGCGGUCUCUUCACACCAGACUUAACCCGCCCGCAGCAAUAGCCAUGGAAGUUGCGGCGGCACAGAGCGAGAGGGCACCGCUCGGCGCGGCAUCUUUUUUGGAUGUUUUUUCUCUACACAGAUCACUUCUUUCCUCCUUCUUCGGUGGCUGUUCCCGCAGCUGCGCCCCCGGUGUGUCAGCCCAAAGGUGCCACUAACGGGCACUACCCGGCCCCACGCCUCUCCAUCUCCUCCCGAGCCACGGUGGUAGCCAGAAUGGAAGGCACCUCCCAGGGGGGCCUGCAGACCGUCAUGAAGUGGAAGACAGUGGUUGCGAUCUUCGUGGUUGUGGUGGUCUACCUCGUCACUGGUGGUCUCGUCUUCCGGGCACUGGAGCAGCCUUUUGAGAGCAGCCAGAAGAAUACCAUCGCCUUGGAGAAGGCAGAAUUCCUGCGGGAUCAUAUCUGUGUGAGCCCACAGGAGCUGGAGACGUUGAUCCAGCAUGCCCUUGAUGCUGACAACGCAGGAGUAAGUCCAAUAGGAAAUUCUUCCAACAACAGCAGUCACUGGGACCUUGGAAGUGCCUUUUUCUUUGCUGGAACUGUCAUCACCACCAUAGGGUAUGGGAAUAUUGCUCCAAGCACUGAAGGAGGCAAAAUCUUUUGUAUUUUAUAUGCCAUCUUUGGAAUUCCACUCUUUGGUUUCUUAUUGGCUGGAAUUGGAGACCAACUUGGAACCAUCUUUGGGAAAAGCAUUGCAAGAGUGGAGAAGGUCUUUCGAAAAAAGCAAGUGAGUCAGACCAAGAUCCGGGUCAUCUCAACCAUCCUCUUCAUCUUGGCCGGCUGCAUUGUAUUUGUGACGAUCCCUGCUGUCAUUUUCAAAUACAUCGAGGGGUGGACGGCCCUGGAGUCCAUUUACUUUGUGGUGGUCACUCUCACUACGGUGGGCUUUGGUGAUUUUGUGGCAGGGGGAAACGCUGGCAUCAAUUACCGGGAGUGGUAUAAGCCCCUAGUGUGGUUUUGGAUCCUUGUUGGCCUUGCCUACUUUGCAGCUGUCCUCAGUAUGAUCGGAGAUUGGCUACGGGUUCUAUCCAAAAAGACAAAGGAAGAGGUCGGGGAAAUCAAGGCCCACGCGGCCGAGUGGAAGGCCAAUGUGACAGCUGAGUUCCGGGAGACGCGGCGGCGGCUCAGUGUGGAGAUCCACGACAAGCUGCAGCGGGCGGCAACCAUCCGCAGCAUGGAGCGCCGGCGCCUGGGCCUGGACCAGCGGGCCCACUCGCUGGACAUGCUUUCUCCUGAGAAGCGCUCUGUCUUUGCUGCGCUGGACACGGGCCGCUUCAAGGCCUCCUCCCAGGAGAGCAUCAACAACCGGCCCAACAACCUGCGCCUUAAGGGGUCAGAGCAGCUGAACAAACAUGGGCAGGGAGCCUCUGAGGAUAACAUCAUCAACAAGUUUGGGUCCACCUCCAAACUCACCAAGAGGAAAAACAAGGACCUCAAAAAGACCUUGCCCGAGGACGUUCAGAAGAUCUACAAGACCUUCCGGAAUUACUCCCUGGAUGAAGAGAAGAAAGAGGAGGAGACGGAAAAGAUGUGUAACUCGGACCAUUCCAGUACUGCAAUGUUGACUGACUGCAUCCAGCAGCAGGCCGGCAUAGAGAACGGAAUGGUCCCCAGCGACACCAAAGACAGGGAACUCGAGAACAACGCAUUACUUGAAGACAGAAACUAAAUCUUAAGGACAUUGGACUUGUUGAAGCGCUUGUGUUUUUUAUAUUCACCCUGAGACACGUGCCUUAAACAGACUUCUCGUUAGUCCGAAAUUACAUAGCAUCGAAGAAUAUAUUUCACUGUGCCAUAAACAACUCAGAAAGCUUGCUCUGCCAAAAGAAAUCAAAGAACAAGGACUUCACUUCCGAUAGUGACCGCAGGACACCGAGGGAGCAUUUGCACACAUAGGAGGUCAUACCCGCAAAUGUUAAGGGCAUGUCCAUGGUGAUGCUGUGCCCCUGUGCAGUACCGCCUUGGCAUGGCGCGUAGAAAAGGGCAGCUAUUCCUUAGACCAGCCUUCUGAAAGGAGCAGGUGUGUCUCUUAAAUGGAGUCUCAUUUCCUGAACCUGCCGUUAGUGAUAUGUGCACACACAGAAGGGGAGUGGAUUGGGGGUGAACCUGGUACCUGUGACAAGGGUUGGAGUUGACAUUGUGGCAUGAACUCUGAGCUUGAAUUUUGAUACAAACCAUUCAGUGCACACCUAGUCUUUCUAAGCUCCAAAUGAAUGUCCCUGGGACCCAAGAGCACCUGGAAUCUGUUGGAAGCAGAUCAGAGCACACGUAUUAAAAGGUGCACUUGCUUUCCUCAUUACAAAAGAAAAAAAAAUCACAAACACAUCACACUGUGGCUAUCACCUUAACCAAUGACAGAGGCCGACUGAAUUUUGUCUUUCUCACGGGGGUAGGUAGUCCAAACGAACUUGGAGGCGUUGGUCAAAACUCAGUCUCCACUGCUGCAUGGUUACAGGCAAAAAUCAUGCAUUUUCCUCAGUGGGUGCAAUGUGAAAAAUAAACUGGUUUUGAAAUGUUCAUGUUCACUUUUCUAGUGGAACUUCAGUUAUAACUUGUUUUGAUAAGAGGGGAAAAAAAUACCAAAACUAUUGCCUUGCAUGAUGCCAGUGGCUUGCUGUUCUGUCUAGCUGAUGCUAAAUUUUUAUAAAAAUAGACAUCUUGCAUGUCUGACACAUACCAAGGAGGACCGUGGCAUCAUUCCAUCUCAGGGCUUUUUGUCCCUUUGGGUGUCUUAGGGUAGACAUAGUUACGAGAUCCAACCUUGCUAUCUUCAAACAAAAGGAAAAUUAAUCCCUCAACCAACCCUUGUACAAUGAAGAUUGAAUUGUUUUAAUUGCUUGCAGCUUAAGUGCCAUUAAUACCAUUUACAAAAUAAUACUUAAAAGAAGUAUCUAAAAUAUUUCACUUUUAUG